AUGAAAAUAUUCAUUUAUUUUAGUACACAAUGCACUUUCUUUUUUCCAAAUAUUAAUGAUACGUUAUUGACUUUUCAAUUUCAUCUUAAGCAUUCAUUUUUAUCUUUAUGCAAAAAUCAAUCAUGUCUAAAAGAAUUAUAUAGUAAUAUUUAUGAACAACUUCAAAAUAUAACAUAUUUUACAAUAGAAAUAGAUAAUGAGUUUAUCGAAUUUAAUUUAUGUUCAAUUAUUAAUUUCCCAUAUACCGAAAAUUCAUCAACAGAUAAUUAUGAUGAAUAUUCAUCAUUGACAUCAACCGUUUAUUCAGUUACAACAUCAUCACAACCACCAAAUACUUAUCUACAAAAUAAAUGGACAAGAGUUGAAAAUAUGUUUGAAUAUCUUAUGUAUCAUAGAAGUACAUAUAUUCCACAAGAUAAUUCUAUUAUUAUUACCGGUGGAACUCGAAAUGAAUUUAUCUAUUUUAAUACUAUUCAAAAAUAUAUUAUUUCUAAUCAAUCAUUUGUGAUGAAUUUACAUAGAUCAAUGAAAAUUAAACGUGUACUUCAUUCUGCUGAUCUAUUACCAUUAUUAGGUUUAGUUCUUCUUACUGGUGGAACAUCAAUAUCGACACCAAAAGAACAAAUUACAGCAGAAUUAUUAGAUCCAAUAUCAGGUGAAAUAACAUCAAUUGAAAUGUUAACAAAUCGACGAUAUCAUACAUCUGUAGUCAUUCCAUUCGAUAAUAAGGUUCUUUUACUUGGUGGUCAUAAUUAUUCAUCUACUAUUCUUUCUACUGGUGAUUUAUUCAAUGGUAAACAUUUUAUACCAAUAGUAAAUACAAUGAUGGUUCGACGUAUUUAUCAUACAGCAACAUAUAUACCAACAAUCAAUAAGAUCCUAAUUAUAGGUGGAAGAGAUAAUGAGAAUAACAGACGAAAUACAUAUAGUACAAUGGAAUUUUAUGAUGUAGAAACAAAUAUGUUUGAAAUCUUACCAAAUAUAACAAUGUCAAUGGCACGAGCUCGACAUACAGCUACGUAUAUUCCAUUUCCUAAAGAUCAAAUUCUUAUCAUUGGUGGAGAAAAUAAUGAUAUAUAUCAUAUAAAUAGUUGGGAAUUAUUUGAUAUUAAAACUUUAUCAUUUAUUUAUAAAGGUACUAUACAAUAUGGACGUUUUGAUCAUCAUGCUACUUUAUUAAAUAAUAAUCAUGAUAUUUUAAUUACAGAUGGUUUUUCAAAUACUCUUUCAAUUGUUCCAUCGGAAAUUCUGAAUCUAAAAACAAUGUUAUCUUGUCAAGCAGCAACAAUGAAUAAAAUUAGAGAAGCUUUUACAACUACUUUAAUUCCAUCGACUGGUGAAGUACUUGUAUGUGGUGGUCGAGAUAUUUCAUAUAAUACAUUAAAUAGUUGUGAACUUUAUACUCCUUAA